AUGUCCCUAGGCCACCGGAAACUGUUCCAGACCCCGCAUCAUCGCUGCUAUCAUCUUUGUCGGUGCCGCCGUCCUGGCACCAUCGCCUCGCCGAGAGCACGUUUCUGCGAUCGAAAAGGCCAAAAGGUUCAAACGACUGGACCUAUUCGGGGUGCUUUUACUCACAUGGGUCUGAUUCUGUUCAUCUUCGGCGUCACGACUGGUUCGGUGAACGGGUGGAAUACCGCCCGAUGUCUGGCACCGUUGAUCAUUUCUUUUUUCUUGAUCUCUGCAUUUUUCCUUUGGGAGGCCCGUUUACCGGAGGAUAUGGCUACCAUUCCGCCAAACCUCUGGAAUUAUACGAACUUUGCGGUACUUGUGCUAUGCGGAACUACCAUACCCUUCAAUUGGUGGGGAUGCGUACAGCUCCUGUUUUCUUGGAUCUGGCAGGACGUCUACGGAUGGACUCCCAUCCAGGUUGCACUUCGCUUCCUUCCCCUGGGAGUGCUUGGUUUCCCGGUUAUAGCUAUCGCAAAUGUGAUGCAGCAAAAACUGCCCCUCAAGUGGGUUAUCUUUGCUGGUCAAGUUAUCGGGAUAGUUGGAACUGUUCUGCUUCCCUUCGCCGACUCACCUCAGCACUAUUGGCGAUUCGCGUUCCCAGGAUUUGUUCUCGGUACUACGGGAAUGACGAUCAUCUUCGCGACGGUAAAUAUUGCUGUGUUCGCGGUAACCCCACCCGAGAAAGCUGGUGUUGUUGGAUCUAUCAUAAUUCUUUAA